UGACAAAAUGUUCCCAGCCUUUGGAUUUGGAGCAAGGAUACCCCCAGAAUACAAGGUCUCUCAUGAUUUUGCAAUCAAUUUCAAUGAAGACAACCCAGAAUGUGCAGGCAUACAGGGCGUGGUGGAGGCUUACCAGAGCUGCCUGCCCAAGCUGCAGCUGUACGGGCCAACCAACAUUGCUCCAAUCAUCCAGAAAGUGGCAAAAUCCGCAUCGGAGGAGACCAACACCAAGGAGGCCUCGCAAUAUUUCAUCUUGCUGAUUCUGACGGAUGGCGUCAUCACAGACAUGGCGGACACCAGAGAGGCCAUUGUUCACGCCUCUCACCUCCCCAUGUCUGUCAUCAUUGUCGGGGUGGGCAACGCCGACUUCAGCGACAUGCAGAUGCUGGAUGGUGAUGAUGGGAUCCUGAGGUCUCCCAAGGGCGAGCCUGUGCUUCGAGACAUUGUCCAGUUUGUGCCAUUUAGGAACUUCAAACAUGCAUCCCCAGCUGCUCUAGCAAAAAGCGUUUUGGCUGAAGUUCCAAACCAAGUUGUGGACUAUUACAACGGCAAAGGCAUAAAACCCAAAUGUAUGGCAGAGUACGAGUCUUCCAGGACACUAGCUCCAUGAACCUGCCUGCACUCUUUUACAGAAUUAACAAAAGAGAAAUGCUACUGUCUACAACUACUGUACUUAAAAAUGAAACAACAAAGAAAUAGCACGUUUUGGUGAUUUUUAACUAAAAUAACCCUUUUUUUUUGCAUGUGUAGCCUAAAGGCUUAAAUCUGUUAAGCGAUUGUAUUGUUGAAAACUUUUUAUGAGAAAAAAAAUCCAGAAAAAAAAAGUGAACUCUUUACAGCAUGUCGCCUUGAAAUAAAAACUUAUCUGUAUCUGGUUUUUAUACAGGUUUGUUGAAAUUUUGCUAAAUUUCUUAUCUUUACACUGUAAAGCAUUUUGAAAUAUUUAUGGAGCGUCGAUAGCCAAAAUGUCUUUGGUUUAAUCUGCUAUGAACUGAGAGAUUUUUCAAAAUGGCAGAUGCAUGAACUGUAUUUUGCAUGUUUAAAAUAAAAACAACACAGUU